AGGGAGACGUAUCUGCUACUGCCCUCGGACCCUUCCCCUGUGCGCUAGUCGGUGGUAUUCGGAAUACUUCCCGCUCUUGUCCAACGCAAAAGCUACAUCUUUGAGUCUGCGUUCUUCGCCCGCCACCCCACCAAAGAAAGUCGACGGAUAAUUUGGUCAGGUGUAGAGACGAAAGAACACUAGAAUGACGAUUACCCUUCUCGGAGCGACUUUCUGCAGCUCAUUUCUGAAUGCCUGUCGUGGUGAGACCAAACAGACCCCGUUCCAUUUCGUUCCGGGUACGCAGCCUUCUGAAUGGGGCAGAAUACAACCAAGUCAUUUAGGAGCGUCCGGAAACGCCUACCUGGACAGCGAACAAAUGAGAAGGGGAGGAGUAGCCAGGUCGGCUAAUUGGGAAGCGAUGGCAUCCGCGUCAUGGCCCUGCGAUGUGAACGCCUUAACGACUUCAUUGACCAUACGAACGUCCUGGCUGCCCGUUAUCGUCUCUUGGAAGUUGCCAGCGCCAUAGUAGUUGGCUGAUCGCGGGUGGCUGUGUAAGACCGGGCUGGAGUCUACGGACACUCUCCCGACAGCGUGGUUCAUGUGGGAAGUUGGUCGAGAUUUGCUUGACUUUCCAUAAACCCCGCCGCUGCCAACCUCGUUUCGAGUGCUUCAAUGCGUACUCCGCAUGUUCUCAUUGACCGAUUCAACUGACACCGAAUCAUCGCCGUUGCAGCAUGUCUGUCCGUCCGAAAUACACUUGCUCUGAGAGGUACAGUCGUUUCGAGUGUGUUAAAUGCGAAGGUUUCCUAGUUAAGCAAGUACGCAG